AUGGAAAGCGAACGAAGACCGAAUCCUCCCGGAUGGGUGCCUCCUAAGGCGCCGUAUAAUCCGUAUGAUGCCACCGAUAUUAGACCUCCAGAGGGUUAUCCGUCCGAGUUCAAAGCUCCAGGUAAACCCAGAAACUGGAGUGUCGUACCCAAGGAGCCAUCAAACUACAGAGUUGUCAAAGACACCCUCAAGAGGAUGCAAUACACACCGCGUCCAUUUAGCGAGUUAUAUCCUGGUCAAUACAAAAUUCUGAGGCGAACAGACCGGUCAAAGUUCAGAUCAGGCGUCAAAUACGCCUCGGUUCUGCUCAGUUCGUCGGUGAUAAUUCUGGGUGUGUUUUUCUACAGAUGGAAUGACGGUUACGACAACGUCUUUUCUACGCCGUACCGAUUCCAACUUCGAAUGCGAGACAAGAUUUUCGGAAACUUGACUGAACAGCAGAAGGAAGAUUUACGGGGAAAACAAAGAGGCCUUGUGAGCACUGGUUCUGAGACACCUGUGCUGAUGCCAUCGGGUGGAGAUGAUAGUAUCGCGAUGCAACGUCCUCAACGAAGUCACAUCAUCGAAGCAGAGCGUAUUCGUCAAGAGCGAGAAGAGGCUAUUCUACGGGCUGUGGAUAUCGCUAAAGCUGCACUGAAAGAGGAACCAGCGAAAGCGCCAGCUGCUGGGUCACAAAGGAAGAAGUUUCUGGGAAUAUUUUAA